AUGGCAGCCAUCUUCAUCCUAGAUAGUGAGUUCAAUCUCUUGCUCCAACGACAAUAUCAAUAUGAUUUGGAUGUACACGCAAUCGUGCAAGGGUUUAAAGCGGCAGUGUUGAAUUCGCAUCCUUUUGAUUCACCUGUACUAACCAAUAAGGGAAUAACUUACAUACACUUGAAGAAACACAAGGUGAUUUUCAUGAUACCUGCCUUCUCAGAUAUAAACUUGAUACUCUACAUGACAUACUUGGAUAAAUUCAGUGAACUACUAACAAAGUAUUUUCUACAUUAUAAAAUGAUUAAAACACCUCUGAUAACAGCAGAUUUGGUGAAGGACAAUUUCAUACUCAUCUAUGAAUUGUUUGAUGAAUGUAUGGAUUUUGGGAUCCCCCAGUUGACGGAAUUUUCAAUUUUGAAAGAUUACAUCAAAACAAUGAUAAAACCAGAGGACUACCUCGAUGCAUCACAUGUUACCGAAGAAAUCGACUUAAUGGAGAAGCAGGUUGAAACCGAAAUCAAUUCGUCUAUUUCGAGGACGGCAACUACAAAAGUCUCCUGGAGACCAAAGGGUAUCUUCUAUAACAAAAAUGAGUUUUUUAUUAAUUUUGAAGAGAAUUUGAAAUUCAAGUAUAAUCAUAAAAUCCAUAAGGUUGUUAGAAAUGAAAUUAUUGGUGAUAUCAAAUGCAAGUCAUAUUUAUCUGGAAUGCCUGAUUUGAAGCUAGGUUUAAAUGAAACAUUUGAAGAUGGGAAGUCCAUUUUCAAUAAUAUCCAGUACCAUCAAUGCGUAGAUUUAAACAAAAUCAGUGGCAAAACAAUUCAAUUUGUACCACCCGACGGGGAGUUUGAUCUCUUAAACUACCAAAUAAUCGACACAAAUGUUUUACAACCACCAAUACUUGUAAAACCAAUAUAUCGAAUAUACAGCAGAAAUGGGAACUACAAGCUUCGAAUCAAAGUGGAGAUGAUAACUACGUUUAAGAGAAAGUUUAGUAUGAGUGAUGUACACAUACGCAUACCCUUAAUAAUUAGACAUCCUGUUCUUUACAUUGAUUUCAAUAAGCCAAUGAAAUUUAAAACAAAACUAGGUGCUGUCAUUCACAGUUUAGACGAUGAGUGCAUUGUUUGGAAUGUUGAGAAGAUCCAGGGAACUAUGAGGGGUGAAAUGAUGGCAGAGUUUGACCUUUUACAAGAGAAGCUGCUCAUUACCAAAUACCACGAAAACAAGGAUCGUGGAAGGCAAGAGAGAAAUGACUUAUUUUAUUUUGAGCUCGGGUCGGAGUUUGACAAAGUCGGAAAAGGUCUGAUAUCGACAAACAAAAGAAAUAACAAGAACUAUAUAGAAAACGAUAGGGUUGUACUUGUUGAGUUCACUUUACGAAACAUGCUAUACUCAGGACUUAAGGUGAAUUUCUUAACAAUCAAGGAAGACCAACUUAAGAUGCAAUCAUUUCCCUGGAUCAUGUACUCAGUUCAAUGCAAAAACGACGACUACUCGUUUGUUUUGGGUGAAGAUGGGUUCACCGAUGACAUUGAUCCUGAAGAAAACAAAAAGCUAAAAGAAAACGGGAAAUGGACAGGCGAUAUGCCCAGUGACGAAAACCAGGACAAGGGACCUAUAGACGAAGAGCCACAUUUCGAUUUCUCUACAGCACUAGAUCAUGGACCGGUUGACAUAGAGCCUGGUUUUGAUGAGUAUAUGGAGUAA